GGGGGUAAAUAAAAAAACACACGAGAGCAUAGAGUUUCAGAGUCGAGUCGUGGCAUUUGUAGUGUUUAUAAAGGCUGAAGCCACAGCUUAGAGGGAUUUUUUAAUUUUAUUUAUUUUUAUUUUAUUUGUUCUGCGUGUGCUCGUUUUCAUCACAGGACGCGCACGCGCACACGCGCACACACACACACACACACACAGAGACUGACAGAGGAAGAAGGGAAAAUGGGGAAAGACUAUUAUAAAAUCCUUGGCAUUUCGAAAGGAGCAGCUGAAGAGGACAUUAAGAAGGCGUACAGAAAACAAGCUCUGAAAUGGCAUCCGGAUAAAAACAAGGCUCCCAACGCGGCGGAGAAAUUCAAGGAGGUGGCCGAAGCUUAUGAAGUCCUGAGCGACCCCAAAAAACGCGAAAUAUACGACCAAUACGGAGAGGAAGGCCUGAAAGGAGGAGGAGGAGGAGGAGGAGCGUCCGAUGGCCAGGGCAGCACCUUCACCUACACGUUCCACGGCGACCCGCACGCCACCUUCGCCACCUUCUUCGGUGGCACCAACCCCUUCGAGAUGUUCUUUGGCCGCAAGGUGAAUGGCCGAGAUGAUGAGGACAUGGAAGUGGACACCGGUGACCCGUUUGGGUCCUUCACCAGUUUUAAUCUGAACGGUUUCCCUCGUGACCGGCAGCCCCGGCGUAAGCAGGACCCGGCGAUCUAUCACGAACUGCGCGUCUCACUCGAGGAGGUCUUUCACGGCUGCACCAAGCGCAUGAAGAUCUCACGCCGUCGCCUGAACCCUGACGGCCGCACCACGCGCAACGAGGACAAGAUCCUGUCCAUCGAGAUCAAGCGCGGCUGGAAGGAGGGCACCAAGAUCACGUUCCCGCGCGAAGGCGACGAGUCUCCCGGCUGCAUCCCCGCCGACAUCGUCUUCGUCAUCAAGGACAAGCCGCACCCACACUUCAGGAGGGAAGGGUCCAACAUCAUCUACCCCGUCCGCAUCAGUCUGCGCCAGUCGUUGUGCGGUUGCUCGGUUACGGUGUCCACGAUAGAUGGGAAAACGUGCAAUAUGAAGAUCACGGAGGUCAUCAAACCGGGGAUGAGGAAGACCAUAGCGGGACAGGGGCUGCCCUUCCCCAAGAACGCUGAGCAAAGAGGAGAUCUGAUCGUGGAGUUUGACGUGAACUUUCCGGAGAGUCUGCCGUCCAACGCCAAGGACGUGCUGAAACGCCACUUACCCGCCUCGUGAAGUGACCGCAGCAGGACUGCGGCGGCGUUAGAUCUCUCCCAGCGCUCGGACAGAUCGCCGAUACGUCCCAUAAACAAUGUGCAAUUUCUCUUUUUUAUCUAGUUUAGCCAGUGUUUGUUCUUUUUCUUUUUUAAAAAAAACUUUUAAAAAACAAAAACAAAAAUAUGUUGCAUGCCCAGAUAAGGUCCUAAACGUGCAAGUGCAAUCUUUGUGUCUGAAAGUAAACGUCAGAUUUGACUCCUUUA